GCGAUAAAACAAAUUAAAUUUAAGCUUUGCUUGGAUAGCCAAAUCGGAAUAUUUCAUACAGUAAACAUUGUCGCAAUGGCUAUUGGCUCUAAAGUAAAGCGAAGCCAGUCGAUGUGGAUGUUAGACCGCCAGAAAACGUGGUUUGCAACGUCAUCGGCUACGUCAUCACCCCUACAGUCACGUGCUAACUCCGUCAUCGACAUAUCGAACGCAAGUUCCCGAGAACCACCAAAGAGUUUAAUUCGGAGAUUCCGGAAACGCGAUCGUAAGGAACGGAAAGUUACGAGCUGGUCGGCGCGUUUCACGUGCACGCCGUGUCUGUGCGGUGACGUCGAUGCGGUUGACAGCAAGGGGAGGUCACUAUUGUUUUACGCGGCCAAGUACGGUCAGGGGGACACGGCGAGACAGCUGGUUGAGGCAGGGUGCGGCGUGGACCAGACGGAUUACUUGGGCAAUACGCCCCUGCACGAGGCUGUGGACAAGGGCCAGCUAGAGAUCGCGGAGAUGUUCCUGAGAGAUGGCAAGGCUAACGUGAACGUGACGGGUGGUAACGGCGAGACGCCGCUUAUGCUCGCGGUCACUCACGGUCACACAGACGCCGUCAAGCUGCUUCACAAAUAUGGAGCCGACAUAAAUGUGCGUGAUAUGACGGGAUGUUCCCCGAUUUACCGGGCACUACAACGAGGCUGGGAGGAAAUUGCUGACUUCCUAUUGGAUAACAAAUGUGACGUCAAUACGACGACCGCCAAUGGAAUGACAUGUUUCUUUGCAGCUGCGCAUUCAAACAAAAUCAACGUUGACCACUUUACAAAACGUAUCCUUAAGACAGAUUAUGAUUUUAAAAAGGACAGCGACUGGUUAGAAACUGAAGGAUGUCCAAUUACAAUUAAAGACUCUAGACUGCAUCGCAAAGUGCUUAGAAAGGCGGGCCAGGACAGCUCAACAAAACGCCAUUCUUUUCUGAGUACGGGAAAACGAAAAAUAAUAAAAACAUUUCGGAGUUUUUCAACAUCCUGACUUUAUGUGGCAUUCGUUGUCAAUUCAAUUUGUUUUAUGGACAUUUUGACACUCAGUUGCCACAUGUUUUCAGUGCAUCGACGCUUGGUUUAGAAAUCUGGCCAUCACCGUGUUCGUAUGCGACCUCAACAAUAAGCAGCCUUUCAACUGCUAUGUUGGAACCAUACUCGUCUUGUUCCGUGUUCGUUAUAGAACCAGCAACUUACCCUGUUUGUUACGAAAUAUCUUAAUACAGGCUAUGGUAAAGGACUUAAAGUCAGUGUUUUCUGUAACGAGUGUAUAUUUUGGAGAAGUCAACAUACAUUCUCAGCAGGAAUAUGUCCAACAGUCGGAUGACUGAAUGUGUGCGUCCACAAAGUGAAACGUUUUCGUUUUGUAUUGAGAACAUUAACACCACUGAAAACAUUUAAUACAUUUGUAAAACACAGACUAUUUCAGUUGUAAAUAUAUGUUUUUCAUUUUCAGCAAAAUUGAAUUAAAAUCAAAAUGAAAGAUUAUCUUAAAUUGUGUCUAUUUGUUUAAACAUCUAUUUAUAUAAGGAAACAUUAAACACAGUAUCAUAUCAACGAAGCAUAUACAUGCAUGUAUAUAGUUUGAACGACGGUAUUACAUACAAAUUAAAACUUCAAAGUGUUUAACGAUGUCAUGUUAUCGCCCCUUAGUGCAGAAAGGUGCUAACUAACAUUGUUACCAAAAAUGAUUUUGGGGCAUAUUUCAGCCGUUUACAACCAUGAAAAUUUUUAUUGCAAUAUAUUCAUAUAUAUAUUUAAAUUCUAGUAGGUAAAAGAUAUAAAUUCGACUACCUCGAAAAAACCGCUCUUCACCUUUUUGCACUAAUA